UAAUAAAGCCAAACCCAAAUUUCUCUCUUUUCUACAUCAACCGGCGCUACCAGUUGCACUUGCCUUCCUCAGUUCCUCGCCACUCUUUUCCCUCUUCCAUUUCCAUUUCCGUCUUCCUUUUUCUUGUUCUUCCUCUCUCUCUCGGCCCAUCGCAGCCGUCUUCUUUUCACUCUUUUCUCUCUGAACCAUCAUUUCAGCCCUUCUUUUUGGCAUUCACCGGCGCCGCUCGCCCCUUACCUUUCCUCUCUUUCUUCGCCCUUAUCAGCCGUCUUCCUCUAUCUCUCACGAGCUUCCCAUUUGGUCCGGUCCCCUCUCUCUCACGAGUUUCCCUGCUUUGGAAGAUAUUCUUUGUGGUUAAGAUACUGGAGGCCAUGCCUGCUACAAAGAAGAGUUCUGAUUGCAGCCACAUUGGCUAUGCAUUCGGUAAGUUGUUGAAGCAAAUUGGAAAUCCAGUUGACUUUGAGCUGCCAGAUUGGUUUAAUAAGUGGAAGCCUACGCCCUACACCUUUAUAAGGCGCAAUAUAUACCUCACAAAGAAGAUUAAAAGGCGUCUUGAGGAUGAUGGCAUUUUCUGUUCUUGCACUUCAUCACCAGGUUCUUCUGUGUGUGGUAGAGAUUGCCACUGUGGGAUGCUAUUGUCUAGUUGCUCCUCUGGCUGCAGCUGUGGGAGCUUAUGCCUCAACAAGCCAUUCCAACACCAACCUGUCAAGAAAAUGAAAUUAGUUCAGACCGAGAAAUGUGGGGCGGGCAUUGUGGCAGAUGAAGAUAUUAAGCAUGGAGAGUUUGUAAUAGAAUACGUGGGGGAAGUUAUUGACGACAAAACAUGUGAGGAGAGGCUUUGGAACAUGAAGCAUCGUGGAGAAACGAACUUCUACUUAUGUGAAAUCAAUCGUGAUAUGGUAAUUGAUGCCACAUACAAGGGGAACAAAUCCAGAUAUAUAAACCAUAGUUGCUGCCCCAAUACUGAGAUGCAGAAAUGGAUUAUUGAUGGUGAAACAAGGAUUGGCAUAUUUGCGAUGCGGGACAUAAAAAAGGGCGAGCAUCUGACCUAUGAUUAUCAGUUUGUUCAAUUUGGUGCAGAUCAAGAUUGUCACUGUGGUGCUGCUGGCUGCAGGCAAAAGUUGGGGGUCAAACCUAGCAAGCCAAAGAUGUCAUCAGAUGCUGCAUUAAAGCUAGUAGCAUGCCAGGUGGCAGUGUCCUCUCCGAAAUUGAAGGCUGUGCUAUCUGGAAAAGAUGUAAACCAGAAUGGAGGUUUGCCUGUUGGAAGUUCUCGGCAUGCUCAUAAUCGACGACAGAUACACUCUCGAUGUUGCAUUGGUGAAGUGAUAAAAAUAUCUCGUUCGAUAAAUGACAGGUCCUUUGGGAUUAUUAAACGAUUUGACAAGUAUUCAAAUAAGCACUCGGUCAUGUUUGAAGAUGGUGUUGUUGAAUUUCUUGAUAUGUCGAAAGAGGAUUGGGAGCUUGUAACCUUGUAAGGUCAAUUAUGAUAAGCACAACACUUCAAACUGCUAGCAGAACACUUAUAUCUCUCAACCAUGCUUGUAACUGCCUGCAGUUCCAAAUUAGCACAUAAGAAAAGAACAGAAAUUUAUCUAGUGUUUGGAGAUGAUUUGUUUUCCCACCAUUAAGAGAGGUUUUCUCUUGGGAAUGAUACUUUUAAUAUUAUUUCAAUGAUCAAUAAAGUGGAUCAUUUAAUGCUUAGAAACUUUGAAGUUUCAGCAUCAUAUAUGUGAUUCAUUAAGAAAGUUGAACCAGUGGUCUGUUGUUCCUAUUUUUGUUAAAGAUGGUGAGAACAUAAAGGGGUAUUAAGUCAGGCAAAGUUUAGACUUUGCUUCUAGUUUUUUUUUUUUUGGGUAAGAACUUUGGCAGUUAUAUUGAUAUGUAUUGGAAAAAGGUUGAGUAUGUAAAAUAAAUAAUCAGUUUCUUGGUUAUGUACAGUAUGAGGCAGAAAUGGGCUUUGUUUGA